ACGUUAAAACGUCCGCACAGCAAUGUGACAAUUUGCGAGAAAGAGGCCAAUCAGGUUACCCCAUAAAAGUGUUGUGAAGCUGUUUAAGGAUUUUGAAAAUUAUGUCAAAUUCAAGUACAAGACCUCGCCGUAUUGUGCGUCGCCGAAGAAAUCAUGUUGAGGGAACUGCGGCCCGAGAUGCUCUGAUUUUUUCAUCGCUGCAAAGUGCACAACACUGCAUUGAGAAUCAAGACUAUGGAACUGCCUAUGCUCACUAUCUGCUUGUGCUGUCUCUUGCUCCAGAACUGAAAGAAACUGCUAAAGAGUCAUUCCGAUUUACUUUGGUUAAGUGGGCAGAUGAACUAGAUGCUCUAAGCCGUAUUCAAGACUUAUUUGAUUGCUUUGAGCAGGCCCUGGAGCUCUUUCCAGAUGAUGAAGUAAUUCACAAUUGCAUGGGUGAACAUCUUUUCAGAAUGGGUUUUAGAGAUGAAGCAGCUGGAUAUUUCCACAAGGCAGUAAAACUGAACCCAGACUUUGCUGACGCAAGGGAGAAUUUUUAUCGUGUUGCCAACUGGCUGGUGGAGCGAUGGCAUUUCUUAAUGCUCAAUGACACACAACGAAAUCUUGCCUAUCAGAGAGCUAUCCAGAAAGCUAUACAGAAAGGAUGCAACAUUGUUUUGGAUAUUGGAACAGGCACAGGGAUUCUUAGUAUGUUUGCUAAAAUGGCUGGGGCUUGCCAAGUGUAUGCCUGUGAACUUUCGAAGACAAUGUAUGAACUUGCUAAGGAGGUAGUAUCUGCUAACAACAUGAGCAGCGAUAUCAGCAUCUUUUAUAGGAAGUCUUUUGAUCUGGAGAUUCCGAAAGAUAUUCCUGAAAGGGUUUCAUUGGUUGUAACAGAGAUUGUAGAUGCGGGAUUGUUUGGUGAAGGUAUUGUAGAAACUCUAAUACAUGCUUGGAGAAACUUGCUGCAUCCACCAAAGACACAGGAACAAGGCAUUGGCUCUGGCAGAUUUGGUCGUGUCAUUCCUGCAGGUGCUGUUGUAUUUGGCAUGGCAGUGGAAUGCCCAGAGAUACGCAGACAUCAUAGAGUUACUGAGAGAGAAGUUGGUGGAUUGUCUUUGGCGGAAGGGCUGGAGAUGAGCAGCCCAGUCUGCAACAAGUCUGUAUCCAGUAGUAAUGAAGAGCCAUACACUACUGAAAGAAUGAGCCGGGUACCUGGUGGUUACAGACCUCUGACACAACCUUUCCAAGCUUUGACCAUAGACUUCAACAAUCUCCAGGAACUGGUAGCCUUUCACCAGAAGAGUCCUUGUAGGUUGCAUUUGCCUGUUACUGAUGAUGGUAUUUUAGAUGCUAUUGUGGUCUGGUUUGUUCUACACUUGGAUGAUGAAAACAGUCUUUCUACAGGCCCUGGUGAGGAAACAUGUUGGGAACAGGCAGUAUACCCAGUACAAGACCUAAUCCAUUGUGCAGUGAAGCCUGGUGAUACUCUGGUGGUUGAGGUCAAUUGCCUGGAUUAUUACCUAAGGAUAUUUACUGUUGCUGUCCUGAGGUCAGAGGAUGCAGUGGACAUGGAAGUGAUUCCUAAUCAGGAAGAAGACAGCAAGACUGUGGGCUGUGAAGCAGAACUCUGCAGUGCUCUAGCUAAUCUACAAACAAGAAACUCUAACAAGAGAAAAAAUUGUGUGCUGGAAACUGCAGAAAUGGCUUUACUUAACAAUGUGCCUUAUCAUGACAGUUUUAAAGCCGUAUUUAAUAAAAUACUUUCUCAGCUUAAGCAGGACAGCCCAUCACAAGCUAUGGAUGUGGACAGUAACAACACAUGUGAAACAGACUGUGGGAAAAAACAGGUGGGACUUUCCCUAGAAAAAAUCCCUGACCCAAUGUAUGUGUUGGAUGUUUCAGAAGGUUUUUCCAUCUUGCCUCUUAUUGCUGCCAGUAUGGGGUCAGUCAAGGCUUACAGUUCAGUAGAAAAACAACAGCAUCAGGCAGCCCUUGGCACUCUUGCAGAAGUCAACAACAUUCCAUCAUGUGCUACGGAAUUUUGGCUCAAACACACCAGUAAUGACAACAGCAUAUUGCAGCGGCCAGCGUCAGACAAGCUAUGGAGCAUUGUAAUUCUUGAUGUUAUUGACGCAUGUGGGUUGAUACGACAAGAGGUACUGGAGAAGGCUGCUCUCUCAAGGUGCUUACUUCAGUCUGGAGGCAAGAUCUUGCCACAACGUGUGGUCAUGUAUGGGAUGCUGGUGGAUUCACAGACAUUGUUACGUGAGAGUUCCGUUCAAGGAACAGAACCCACACUUGGUUUAAACAUAGCACCCUUCAUCAAUCAAUUUAAAGUUCCUAUUCAUGUCUGUCUGGAUUUGAUUACACUGCCGUGUGUUCAUUUAAGUAGACCUGUUGAACUCCUUCGACUGGACCUAAUGAACCCGCACUUGAGUAACUACAACAGGGAAGUUAAGGUCCCGGUUUGUAGUCCUGGACAAGUGACUGCCAUUCCAUUUUGGUAUGAAAUCUUUCUUGAUGAAGAAGUCAGCAUCUGUACCUUUAGUAAACCCUCACACUGGAAACAGGCUGCUGUUGUGUUAGACAAAGCAAUACAGGUUCAGACAGGAGAUGAACUUGUUCUUGACAUUCAGUAUGAGAAAAGUAACUUCAGUGCAACAGUCAAAAUGCUAACUAAUAACAAUGAAGACAACAAAUAGUCCACCCAAAAUGGAAGAGAAGGCAUUUCAGGAUUUUGCUUUACUGUUUUAUUUUUCAUUUUCCAGAAAUGUAUUGCUGAAUCAUAAUCAAAAUUAGUAAAUAUGGUUUUAAGUUAGUUCUUUUUAUGUUUGAUAUGUAUGGCAUGGCAUUCUUUAUUAACAUUUUGUACUAUAUAAAAAUAAUUCAGUACAAAUAAAGAAUGAUUUUCGA